CUAGAUCAAAAUUAAUGCCAAGGAUUCCAAGAGCUUGGAAGGAGAACAAAAAAUAAAUAGGUUGUAAUUAUUAAGCUAUUAGAAAAAAUGAUUAUUUAAAAUAACAUUUUUCUGUCGUAAUAUUUUAAUUUAAUUGUUUAGUUCAACUAAUUUUCUUAAAAAAUAAAAAAGGGUUUCGUCAUUGGAGGAUAUUUUCAUUUGUUAAAAAUGACUCUUCAGAAGAUGAGAGUAAAAGUCUUCGGAGGGGAUGUCACGGGCUGCGACUUUGUUCUAUGGAAAUCUACGGCGACGAAAGCGAAACCAAGAGAGCAAUUAUGUUUGACCGUCCUCGUCAUUACCCUCGGUACCUAUAUAUUUACCCGACACGUACUUGUUAGUUCAGUUUAAAUCAUUUUUUUUACUUUGACACUACAGUGUUUUUUUAGAGAUCACAAAAAAAGUCGGCAAGAUGACAGUGAGCUUCAAAAUUUACGCCUUAAUGGCUGCUCUGUUAGUCAAUAGUGUCUGUUGUUCACCAAAAUAUGACAUGGGAGGAUUCGUACCAAGUUCAAUGGAUUACCUCGACAAAAUGGGAAAAAAUCAUGACCAAAUGGCAAUACCAACACAAUCUAAAUCACAGUCACAAUAUCGUAGUGAAAAUGCCUCUGUAGUAUCCAGAAGUUCUGAUUCUGAUGCCUCAAGUAUUCCUGCAGACCGUAAUCAAGAACCAAGAUUUGGAUUCACUGGUGUUGGGACAAGCUCUGGAUACGGAGUAUCGUCUUACAGUGGAGGAAAGGUUGACUUGGGUGGAUUAAUCCUUGGAGCAGUACUUGGAAUUGGAUCUAUUUUGAUAAUUCCAAAAAUAUUAUAUCUUCUUAGUGGAAGCUACGGACAAUAUGCAAGAAGUGACGAAGGAGGUUUUGUAAAUUCAAUGACCAAGAUUGAUGACAUCCUGACUCAUCAUGGAAUCGAUACGACAACAUGCAUGCAACGCGCAGUCUGCACAUACGCAAAAAGAGCCGCCGAAACAAUUCGCACAGCCAAUGACAUUGAUGAUGAAGAAAAAGUAUCAUCAUUCGACCGAUUAAUAGACACUGUCACGACCAAUCAGGUCUUCCGGACAGCAAUGCGCGGCACGGCGAUUCAAGAAGCCAUUGAAGCGGGUCGCAAAGGCCAAAAUUGCUCUAGGGCUUACCGGCAAUGCGGAUUCUCAAUGGAAUCUAUAGUCCGUCUUAUUUCAAGUGUAAUGUCUUCUGUUAAUCGUCCCGAUUCAAACCCUACAGCACCAUCUGCUAAUUAAUUAAUUAAUAUUGUAUUUUAAUAAUGACUUAUUAAUUGUUAUAAAUAAUUGAAUUAAUAUAAUAAAAUAAUCGUAAAUGUGCCCUAUGCCAUUGAAAGCCAUCAAAUAUCAAUAGAUUUCAAUUAAUAAUCAUGUUUUCUUCUUUGUAUACCAAAU